AUGGAUUUCUCCAAAUCUGUCAUCCUAGCUUUACUCGUUGUUGCAACAAUGUCAAAUAUCCACGUUGAAGCACGUCGUCUUCUUCAAAGACCUGAUCUACCACAACCUAAGGUUAUAUCUUCACCAACACCAUCUAUGCAAGAUUUACCAGACAUGUCUGUAAUUCCAUCAUUGCCAAAAGGAAGUCUUCCACCAUUGCAUACUUCCAUUCCCUCUCUUCCUAAGCAUGCCAUGCCACCAUUUCCUACCUUUCCUUCCACUGAGUCAUCUCCGAAUGAUCCAUUAGUGUCAUCACCAGCUCCCAGUCAUCCUGAAUCAUCCCAGUCAUUUUUUGUCCUUCCCAUUUUUCUCCCGAUCACAUUCACUCCUCCCUAA